GCGAGAGUGGGCCACAAAAGGAAAACACAAGAAGGAAACCUUAGGCCCAUUAGACCGACCUCGUCUUCCUUCGUGAUCCCUAUCAUCUGAGCUAUAUAGCCAAAGCCGCUCCCGCUGUUCACGGUUCCUUCGCGGCUCUUGUAGACGCUUUUCGCCCCGAAUAGUGAUUUGCUCCAGCCAACCGAUCAACGAGCAAGAGCAGUCAUGGUUGCCCCCAAGAAGACUAAGAAGACCCAUGAGAGCAUUAAUAAUAGGCUUGCUCUGGUCAUGAAGAGUGGAAAAUACACUUUGGGAUACAAAACCGUUCUCAAGUCUCUCAGAAGCUCUAAAGGAAAGCUGAUAAUAAUUUCCAACAACUGCCCUCCUCUUAGAAAGUCUGAGAUAGAGUAUUAUGCUAUGUUGGCAAAGGUUGGAGUUCACCAUUACAACGGAAACAAUGUUGAUUUAGGAACUGCAUGUGGUAAGUAUUACAGAGUUUGUUGCCUCAGCAUUAUUGAUCCCGGUGAUUCUGACAUUAUUAAGAGCAUGCCAACGGACCAGUAAGAGAUAGGUGUCUAAUUGCUGGCCUGGAUUAUUUUUUUCUUUCCAUGACAUAUUUCUGUUUUUUGUUGUUGUAAAGUUUCAAAAUAUGACUUGUUUUUAUCCUUUUUCUACAAUCUUCAUAGUUGACAUUAUUCCUUAGAAGGUUUUGUCGUUGAUUUUAUACUAUGAUGAUUAAUGUUAAUUUUGUGGUGCAUUGUUGGUUUUGUUUGGUCGUACAAGCCUUGCAUCUUAGUAUGCUGUUCUGCAGUCUAGUUCCUUGCAUACGC